AUGGCGAGGACGCAAGACGUGGCGGAAACGACGUGGCGGAAACACGUCAAACAUCCGCGGGCCAUGAGGAACGCGGGCUCUCUCGCCUGCCUGAAUCCGCGACUCUGUUGGUGCAACGCCCGGGCCGGGGCAGUGACUCGGGCUCAUGCCUCGAGGCGCCGGGCUUGCGGGAACGCAUGCGGGCGGCGGGCGGCGCCAUUUUUCUCGGGAUGGACGUGUCGUGACGCGAACGCGGACGGACGCGCCGCGGGCGCAGAAUGA